AUGGAGAAUACUCGUUCUGUUCCAAUCGCUGCACUGGGUUCAGAUCAACCGAAUCGAGACUCCGAAGCCGCGCCCGUGGUUGACGUCGCUGAACGGUCUACCGAUCGGCUUCAAAUCGCGCCCACCCCACCGCCGUACUGGCAACCUAGCAGAGAGCCGUCUUUUGAUGAGCUGACCACCACGCGACCACCCCCCAUCGCUCUCGAGGAUCAUAGCUUGUCCCGAGAACCAAGCAGGGCGGCGCUCUGGGCCAAAUCCAUCUCCAUUGACGAAUAUGUCAUUGUCCAAGGCAAUCCUACAGGAGUAGGCGCCUACGUGGUAUACAAUAUUAAUGUGCAGACCCUUGAUGGAGGUCCUAUGACCAUCCGAAAGCGAUAUUCCGAGUUCGAUGAGCUUCGAGCCAAGCUGGUCAAAGCGUACCCCCAGUCAACCAGGUCGUCACUCCCGCCUCUUCCCCCCAAGAGUGCCAUUUACAAGUUCCGGCCCAAGUUCCUCGAGAAACGGCGCGAAGGACUGGCUUAUUUCCUCAACUGUGUCAUGCUGAAUCCGGAAUACGCGGGUUCUCCAAUGGUAAAAGAUUUCAUCUUUCCACCAGAGACAUGA